UCGAGCUCAUAAAUGAAUAAACGUGGUUUGCGACGUCUGGUGUGAGCAAGAACAACAAGACUUGCUUAUGUAGUCAUGUCGAACAACACUCGAAGUUUUCUCGAAAGCUCUUGUGAUAUCGGUCCAUGCGAUUCGACACAGACUAGUUCAAUUGCAGAUCAGCUAAGAGCAGUCUGUAUGGUAGACUAUAGGAAUUGCAGUGUUCUACGAUGCAUGUCAUGCAACACAGUGCUUGGAGACUCUCUCGGCAUCUGUGGGGAAGUCCAGAGCCUCAAGAGUAUCAUUUGUUUGAAAGUUACUGAGGAUGUGAGGGUAAACAAAAAGCUGGAGAUGAGUUUGAAUGGUCCUCUGGCUUUCUCCACCCACCAAGUCCUUCACUGUGCUGGUUGCCAUGGUGCCGUUGGCCUGGUUCUUCACUCCACCCCAGAGCACCUGUCUGCUUUACAAAACCUCUUCCUUUUACGAAAAGAGCUGAUAAACUGCUACAUGCUAAGAAGUGGUGCAUGUGUUAAAGCCUCCAAAAUCAACUUCAAACACCGACUCAUGGACAAAAAUAUUCAAGAGCUGAAGCAGUAUUUAGAAGCUCAGCUGAAGCAGGUGAAGAUUCUGGAAGGAAUGAUGGAAAAAUUGUGCACACACGAUGUAAACUAAAUAAAUGCCAGGCAUGGAAUAUGUAGUUUUAUUAUAACUGCUGAAAUAAAGUGUAUAUAUAUUUUUUUGUAUUAUGUACUGAAUACUAACUAGACUGUUUGUUUAUUAAGUAUUGGUUAUUUCUUUAUUUACAUUAUGUGCAGAGAAAGGAAUAGUAUAAAAGUAUAUAUUGUGUUAUUAAAGAAAAAUGACUAAUCUAAUCUCUUACACUACAAGACGAAAUAUAACACUGAAGAAAGAAAACACAACACAUGUUUAUGAUUGGCACCAUGCUGCUUUUUUUAUUGCUAAAAUUUAAUAUUUUUUGUACAAAAUCAUGCGGGGUGCAUCUGUAGUGCAUAGAUCAGACUAAGCAUAGAGUUUCACAUUCAGAGGCAAAAUCAGCAAUGCAUAUCAGGUCAUCAAAGCAUAUAAACUCACAAUUGUUAGUUUUGCUAAAACGCACUGUAUCUUGCCUCUCGAAUCACAGACUUGUUACAUUUUCAUACAAUACUCAAAUCCAAAAAAGUAACUUGUUUUAAUGAAUACAUCUGUGAAUAAUUUACAGCAGCAAUAAACCUUUGGGAUUUCAUGCAUUUGAAAA